AUGCAUAACUACGGAGGCGGCGGCGGGGCGGGGGACAUCGUGGAGGCGGGCGGCGAGAGGGCCGUGCUGCCCCACAGCGGGCCUCUGGUCGGGAAGCGCGCCGCCACGCGGAAGAGCGCGCGGUUCGCGGACUCCGUGUCCGCGCCGCUGCGCCGCGGGAACCACCACCAUGGCCAGGACGACGACGACGACGACUACGUGGAGGUCACCCUCGACGUGCGGGACGACUCGGUGGCCGUGCACAGCGUCAAGCCGGCGCCCGGCGGCGAGGAGGACCCCGACGUCACGCUGCUGGCGCGGGCGCUGGAGACGCGCUCCUCCUCGUACGGCGGCAGGGCCCAUGGCGGCGGCGUGCUCCGGAACGCGUCGACAAGGAUCAAGCAGGUGUCGCAGGAGCUCCGGAAAAUCGCGUCCGUCAAGCGCCGCCCCAGCCGCAUCGACCGGUCCAAGUCCGCCGCCGCGCACGCGCUCAAGGGGCUCAAGUUCAUCAGCCGCCCCGACGGCUGGCCCGCCGUUGAGAAGCGCUUCGACGAGCUGUUCGACGCGCUCGCCAGGCGCCGGGACAUCUCCGGGGACAGCAUCAGCAAGGCGGAGCUGCUCGAGUUCUGGGACCAGAUCUCCGACACCAGCUUCGACAGCCGCCUGCAGACCUUCUUCGACAUGGUGGACAAGGACGCCGACGGCAGGAUCACCGAGGCGGAGGUCGGGCAGAUCAUCGGGCUCAGCGCCACCGCCAACGACCUCAAGAAGAUCACGGAGCGCACAGAAGAGUACGCCCGGCUCAUCAUGGAGGAGCUCGACCCCGACAACCUCGGCUACAUCGAGCUGUCCAACCUGGAGACGCUGCUGCUGCAGGCGCCGCCGACCCAGCCGACGCGGGGCGGGAGCGGGACGACCAGCAGCCGUAACCUCAGCCAGAUGCUGAGCCAGCACCUCAAGCCGACGACGGAGCCCAACCCGCUCCGCCGGUGGUACCGCCGCGCCAGCUACUUCCUGGAGGACAACUGGCGCCGUUGCUGGGUGAUCAUCCUGUGGUUCUCCAUCUGCGCCGGCCUCUUCGCCUGGAAGUUCGUGCAGUACCGGCGGCGCGCCGUGUUCGAGGUGAUGGGCUACUGCGUGUGCGUCGCCAAGGGCGGCGCCGAGACGCUCAAGUUCAACAUGGCGCUCGUGCUCCUCCCCGUGUGCCGCAACACCAUCACGUGGCUCCGCAACCGCACCGCCGCGGGGCGGGUCGUGCCGUUCGACGACAACCUCAACUUCCACAAGGUGAUCGCCGCGGGGAUCACCGUCGGCGCCGGGAUGCACAUCAUCUCCCAUUUGGCGUGCGACUUCCCGCGGCUGCUGCACGCCACCGAGGAGGAGUACGAGCCGAUGAAGCCUUUCUUCGGCGACGUCAAGCCGCCCAACUACUGGUGGUUCGUCAAGGGCACGGAGGGGUGGACGGGGCUGGUGAUGCUGGCGCUCAUGGCCGUCGCCUUCACGCUCGCCACGCCGUGGUUCCGCCGCGGCAGGGUCCGCCUCCCGGGGCCGCUCAGCCGGCUCACCGGGUUCAACGCCUUCUGGUACACGCACCACCUGUUCAUCAUCGUCUACGCGCUGCUCAUCGUCCACGGCCACUUCCUCUACCUCACCAAGAAGUGGCAGAAGAAGUCGACGUGGAUGUACCUGGCGGCGCCGAUGGUCCUGUACGCGUGCGAGCGGCUGGCGCGGGCGCUCCGGUCCAGCGUGCGGCCGGUGAAGAUACUCAAGGUCGCCGUGUACCCCGGCAACGUGCUGUCGCUGCGCUUCUCCAAGCCGCAGGGGUUCAGGUGCAAGAGCGGGCAGUACAUCUUCGUCAACUGCGCCGCCGUCUCGCCGUUCCAGUGGCACCCGUUCUCCAUCACGUCGGCGCCGCACGACGACUACAUCAGCGUCCACAUCAGGACGCUCGGCGACUGGACCCGGGAGCUCAAGAGCGUCUUCGAGAAGGUUUGCCGGCCGCCGACGGACGGGAAGAGCGGGCUGCUCCGGGCAGAGUACGCCGGUGACGGCGGUGCCAUGCCCAGCCCGAGCAGCUUCCCCACGGUGCUGAUCGACGGGCCGUACGGCGCGCCGGCGCAGGACUACAAGCAAUACGACGUGGUGCUGCUGGUGGGGCUGGGCAUCGGGGCCACGCCCAUGAUCUCCAUCAUCAAGGACAUCAUCAACAACAUGAAGCGGCUCGACGGCGACAUCGAGUCCGGCAGCCCCAGCGACAGGAGCGUGUCGGCGGCGUCGUUCCGGACGCGGCGCGCCUACUUCUACUGGGUGACGCGGGAGGAAGGCUCCUUCGACUGGUUCCGCGGCGUCAUGGACGAGGUGGCCGAGAGCGACAAGAAGGGCAUCAUCGAGCUCCAUAACUACUGCACCAGCGUCUACGAGGAAGGGGACGCCCGGUCGGCGCUCAUCGCCAUGCUCCAGUCCCUCAACCACGCCAAGCACGGCGUCGACGUCGUCUCCGGCACACGCGUCAAGACCCACUUCGCCCGGCCCAACUGGCGCAAAGUCUACAAGGACAUCGCCAUCGCCCACGCCGGGCAGCGCGUGGGAGUGUUCUACUGCGGCGCACCGGUGCUGAUCAAGGAGCUGCGCCAGCUUGCCCAAGAUUUCUCGAGGAAGACGAGCACCAAAUUCGAGUUCCACAAGGAGAAUUUCUAA